AGAAAUUUAACCAAAUUGUUGAGAAGUAUCUUCGAUCUCUUACGAAAUCUGAGAAAAGUGUAAUCACGGAAGAAACUGCACAGCAAAUAAUUCACUUGAUUGAAAAUGAUUUCAAAGAUAGUACUGUUGAUUAA